AUGUCAACAACUCAAAGGAGUGAAAGCAUGAACAAAUUUUUUAAAGAUUAUGUUCGUUCAAGCACCAUGAUUAGUGACUUCAUGUAUCAGUAUGAAAAAGCUAUAGAUGCAUGUUACUUUAAAAAGAAGGAGAAGAAUGUCAAGACUAAAUCUACACAGGAGAUAUUGAAGACACCUCUUAAAAUUGAAGAGAAGGCGGCAAAUGUUUAUACAAAAAAGUCUUUCAUGAUCUUCCAAAAUGAGCUAUUUGACAGUCUAUGGUACCAAGCGAAAAAGUUUUUCAAAGAGGGUGAGACCAAGACAUAUGGAGUGACAGCUUAUGGUAAAGAAACACUUCUUUACCAUGUGAUAUUGGAGGGCGAUGAAGGACAUGCAACAUGUACAUGCCAUAUGUAG